CACAGUUUAGACAUUGCAAGUGACAGCUCUUUAAUCUCUGCAGAGUGACCAAACCAGCACACAGGACCUGUUCCAGUGCAAGGCCAGUCUGUGCAGAGGAGUGUUUCUGCCCUGGGCUGCAGGGAGCACUUCAUCCAGGCUCUGCAUUUCCUGCCCUGCCAGGGGACACAUUCAGAGCUCAACCCUGACACCAGAAGUCUCUUUUCUUUCAGGAGCUGUCAUACAGAGAGAGAGAGAGAGAGGCAGAGACACAGGCAGAGGGAGAAGCAGGCUCCAUGCACCGGGAGCCCGACGUGGGAUUCGAUCCAGGGUCUCCAGGAUCGCGCCCUGGGCCAAAGGCAGCUGCAGAGGACACACUGCAAGAGGAAUAUAAGCUCCCAGGGAUCGCAUUAAAAGUACUCUGCCACUGCUUCCCUUGCAUUGCUGUUUCAUUAGAAAAUAAUAACAGAACUUCACAGGGAACAUCAGUGCCUUUUACUAUUCCAGCCAUGGGUCAGUCCCCUCCUUCCACACCCUCGAAUAGAAAUGGUGGUGAUUUGGCCUCCAGCUUUGACAAGUUUUUUAAGGAAUUCAAGCUGGAUAGCAAAAUUGUCUCUCAGGAGACCAUCAGCACAAUUCAAUCACAUCUGGAGAAAGGGGAUCUUCAGAGUGCAUUUUCUGCAAUCAAUGAUGCAUUGAGAGAUAUUGACAAUGCCCCACUGAACAUUGCUGUGACCGGGGAAUCUGGGACAGGAAAGUCCAGCUUCAUCAAUGCUCUGCGGGGCGUGGGGCAUGACGAAGAAGGGGCUGCCCCCACUGGGCCAGUGGAGACAACUUUUCUCAGAAAGGCCUAUAAACACCCAAAGUUUCCCAAUGUGACAUUUUGGGAUCUGCCUGGCAUAGGGACCACUAACUUUCAGCCUCAGGACUAUCUGGAGAAAAUGGUAUUUAGGGAGUAUGACUUCUUUAUUAUCAUCUGUGCUACACGCUUCAAAAUCAAUGAUGUGCAACUGGCUACAGCAAUUAAAAAAAUGAAGAAGAAUUUCUACUUUGUCCGAUCUAAAGUGGAUAGUGAUUUAUAUAAUCUAAAAAGAAUUAAACCCAGAGAAUUCAAUAAGGAUGAAAUCCUGCAAAAGAUCCGCAAUGACUGUGUGAAACAUCUGAUGGAGGCCAAUAUGAGUGAUGCUCAGGUCUUCUUAGUCUCCAGCUUUGAGUUAUCUGACUAUGAUUUCCAAAGCCUGGAGACCACCCUUCUGAGGGAGCUCCCUUUCCACAAGCGCCACAUCUUCAUGCAAUACCUGCCGAUUGUUACCGAGGCCACCAUUGACAGGAAGAGGGAUUGCCUGAGACAAAAGGUCUGGCUGGAGGCCAUUAAAGCUGGAGCAUCCGCCUCCAUCCCUUUGGUGGGCUACAUCGUUGAUGACGAUGUGGAAACUUUAAAGGAUACUUUAACUCUCUACAGGUCUUACUUUGGAUUGGAUGAUAUAUCCCUGAAAACCAUAGCCAAGGACUUGAAUGUGUCCGUGGAGAAACUCAAGGCAAACCUAAUGUUUCCCCAUUUGCUAUCAGUUGAAAAGCACGAUGAACCAUUAGGGGAAAAACUGUUGAAAUAUGUGGAAAAAUUCUGCUCUGUUAGUGGAGGACCCAUUGCUGCUGGUAUUUACUUUAGGAAGAUUUACUAUUUGAAAAAUUAUUUCCUUGACACCGUGGUGAGUGAUGCAAAAGUUCUCCUUAAAAAGGAAGAGAUUUUUAAGGACCCUGUGGACUCUGAGCAAACCUAUCUACAUACGAAUGUUGGAAAUGAAAAUGGGAAAAGCGACACAUCCAGCUCCUGAAUUAUUCUCAGUGCUGGCAUGGCAGUGGUCCCUGGAAAAAUGCCUUAGGGCUUCCUUCAAACAUCUUCACCCACUGCCCUCAAGGUGUAUCACAGACAUUUCCAUAAUUCACUCUUGAAUAAACCUUGAACUUAGUGACUAUUAUUUGACAGUGAGAAUAAUGAGCUCUAAAGAAUCCUUCCUUCAUAUGAUCCUUCCUGGGAAAAUGAAAGAGAGGACUCUGGAAUUUUCUGCUACUGGAGAGAAUAACUCUGUGUGAUGGUUGUUUCAUAACCCAGCACUGGUAUUUCUACUGACAUAGUAGUAAAAAAUGGCUAUGCACAUAGUGGGUUCUGAAAAAUGGAUUUUUAUAUAAAUGGGUACAUAAUACAUCUUUGGUGUUCUGACACUCUGUAAUGAAUCCAUACAUUCUUUUUCUUAAAGUCUUUAUUUAAAUUCCAGUUAGGGAGCAGACAGUGUAAUAUUAAUUUCAAGUAUAUAAUAUAGUGGUUCAACACAUCCAUGUAAUACCCAGUGAUCAUCACAAGUGCACUCCUUAAUUUCUAUCUCCUGUUUAACCCUUCUUUUCAGUCACUUCCCUUCUGGUAACCAUUAGUUUCUUCUCUAUAGUUAAGUGUCUCUUUCUUGAUUUGCCUUUCUCUGUCUUUUUUUUUUCCCGCUUUGCUCAUUGUUUUGUUUCUUAAAUUCCACACAUGAAUGAAAUAAUAUAUAUCUUCACUGACUGACAUUUCACUUAACAUAAUCUUCAUCCAUGUUAUUAUAAAUGGCAAGAUUUCAUUCUUCUUUAUGGCUGAGUAAUAUUUCAUUAUAUCUAUAUCCAUGUCUUUAUCAAUAUCUAUAUAUCAUAUCUUAAUCCAUUGAUCAGUCAGUGGACACAUGGGCUGUUUCCAUUGUUUGGCUAUUGUAGAUAAUGCUGCUAUAAACAUUGGGGUCAUAUGUCUUUUAAUUAGUAUUUUUAUAAUUUUGGGGUAUAUACCUAGUAGAACAAUUGCCGGAUCAUUGGGUGCUUCUAUUUUUAACUUUUUGAGGAACCUCUAUACUGUUUUUCAGAGUGGUUGCGCCAGUUUGCAUUUCUACAAAUGGUUCAAGGGGAUUCCCCUUUUUCCACAUCCUCACCAACACCUGCCAUUUUAUUGUGUUAUUGAUUUUAACCAUUCUGUUGGGUACAGGUUGAUAUAUCAUUGCAGAUCUGAUUUGUAUUUCCUUGAUACUGUGUGAUGUUGAACAUCUUUUCAUGGAUCUGUUAGCUAUCUGGAUAUAUUUUUUGGAAAAAUGCCUACUCAUGUCUUCUGCCCAUGAUUAAUAAGAUUAUUUGCUAUUUGGAUGUUGAGUUUUAUAUUCUUUAUACAUUUUGGAUACUACCCCUUUAUCAGAUAUGUCAUUUGCAAAUAUAUUGUCCCAGUUCAGAGGUUGCGUUUUAGUUUUGUUGAUUGUUUCCUUCACUUUGCAGAAGCUUUUUGUUUUGAUGAAGUCCCAAUAGUUUAUUUUUGCUCCCUUGCCUCAGGAGACUCUUCUAGAAAGAAGUUGCCAAAGCCAAAGUCAGAGAAGUUACUACCUGUGUCCUCUUCUAGGAUUUUUAUGGUGUCAGGUCUCACAUUUUAAUCCAUUUUCCAUUUAUUUUUGUGUAUGGUGUAAAGAAAUGGUGCAGCUUCAGGAAAUGUCUCUGGUGUGUGCUUCAUGUUGUGUUUUGGCUGCUUUGUCCUUCAGGCCAAUUAUCUGUAGAGGCUCUCCCUGCCUGCAGUAGGCAAUGUUUGGUCCUUAUCCUAAAUGUCGUGAGUUUUAACUAGGCAUAUUCUGGUCUUCUUGUGAAAUGAGACCUAGCACCACCUCCAUGAGAACUGAUGCCCUGCAGAACCCUGGUCAGUGGGAGACCUCAGGUAGGCAGGGGUUUGUGCUGGUCUUCUGGUGGAGGAGCCUGUCACACUGGGGCUGAUGGAAGCCUGACUAAUAAGGGCACUUCCAUUGGAGCUCAGGAGUGUGGGGCUUGGUAUAUGCAAGUCAAGCAGCCAGUGUUGGCACUGUGCUGUUUCCUGUUGGUGGCUCUACAUUUAUGCUGAGGGGUGAGAGAGAGAAUUGAUAAUGGCCACUUCCUUUGUUCCCAGGGAAGUGUCUCCAUGAUGUAGAUUCUCAGGGAGUGGUCUGACCAGAUUGAAUCAUUUCCCCACUGUGUACCCCAGGUGCUAUUUAGAUCACUGUUUCCAAGCUGUCUGUCCUGGAGUUGUUUCCCUGUAUUGUCUCUAGGAACAGUGCAGUGCCUUCUGGGCUCUAACCUAGUGAAGCCCACUGACUUUUAAGACUCCGGGCUUUAAGCCCCACUGAUUUCAAGAACUCAUGACAUUCAGAUACUCUUAUUUCCCAAGCCAGUCGCUUUGGGGAAAUAUUCUCCUUGUACCUUAUCCUGUGCACUCCACUCUCUUGUCCUUCUCUAUAAUCAUGCCUCCUACCCCUCCUAAGCACCUGCAAUCCCUUUCUCCCCCAAACCACACAGUUCUGCACUUCCUAUCUUCUUUGAUGUAACCUCUUCUCUCCUUUAGUCAUGGGGUUUAGUUCUGCAGUCUUUGUGGUCUAUUUAUGGGGUAUUUAGGAUGAUUUGAUUACUAUCUAGUUGCAUUCACAGGACAAAGUGAGCCUAGGGUCCUCCUACUCUGCCACCAUUUUCCUCUCCAAAACAUUUGCUUUCAUUCAUGAAUGUAUAAAUUCUGAUUGUUAAUAGAUCAUCAGUUAUGUUGACAUAUCUUCCUUAUCCUUUCUAGGGUUAUCAUUGUAUUUAAUAAACAUAAAAGAUAGUGAGAUGAACAUGUGUCACAGAAAAUGAAAGAGAAACAUAAGCUAAGGAAAAUAUUUAUCUGGGAUAUUUGUGAGAGAGAAUUAUAUAAGAUAGGAACAUAGUUAAAGGAUUUGCAUAUUGUGUGUCUAGACACCCCUUGCUUGCUAGCAGUAUAUUUUGUGCCUAAACUUGAGAAGUUAAGGAAAAAGGAACAAGAGGAUUGUGACAACAAUAUGGAAAUUUUAAAAAAAUUUUCAAAAGGUCCUUAAACAUAUCCAAUCCCUUGUCUAAUAAGGGAAAUGCAAAUUAGAAAUGAUAUCUACCCUAAGAUAUCGCUUAUGCCCUGUGAGAUUGGGGGAAACUGCAAAGUUGGUGAAACUGUAGAAAAAUAGUUUUUGUCAUACAAUGCUGGUAGUUGCACAAAUGACAUAAUCUAUAAUGGUGAAUUACACCAUCUCUAGGGAAAUUACAAACACAUUUACACUUUGCCCACUGAUCAUACUUUGAAGAAUCUGGGCCAUAAAAACUGAGAGUAGAUUGGUGGUUGGCAGGGCUGUGGGGAAAAUGUGUAAUGCUAUUGAAAGAGUAUUAGCUUUCAGUUAUAAGAUGAAUGUAACUAUAGUUAACAUACUGUGUUUUAUACUUGAAAUUUGCUAAAAGUAUAGAUACUAAUUAUUCUCACCACACACACAUAAAAUAUAAAUAUGUAGAUGGCGGUUGUAUUGGUUAACUUGACUGUGGUAAUCAUUUCACCAAAUAUAUAAAUAUAUCACAUCAUCACAUUGUGCACUUGAAAUACAUAUGAUUUUUUCUAUCAUUUUUAUCUAAAUAAAGCUGAGGGGAGAAUUAAAAAACUGGAAAAAUUACAAAGAGAUACACAUUUAAAGUUAUUCAUUGCAGCACUAUUUGAAAUGGUAAAGCACAAAGUUGAAAUGUUCUUUAAUAGGAAAUGUUGUAGCCACAAAAUAGAUCACUUGACAACUAUACAAAAGAGUGAGUAAUACCAUGUAUAUUGCUAUGCUCUCAUAUCCAGGAUAUAUUGUUUAUUGUUCAAUGUAAAAAGAUGGAGAAUUACAUGUAUAGUAUGUUAGUGAUGAUCUAAGACAGUUCAAAAUAUAAAUAUAUAUUUGCACAUAUUCUUCAAUUAAACAUGAGAAAACUUUAGAAUAAAAGUCAAUUAUCUAUAGGGGAAGUAAUGGUAAUGGGUGGAGAGGCAGUGUAAGAACUAGAUUUCAUUUAAUGCAACUUAUUUUACAUUGGAACUAUGCAAAUGUUUUACAUAGAUAUAUAACUGUAUAAUUAGAUAAACAUCCAACAUAGAAAUACAAAUCAAAUCAAAUUAAUCUAAGCUAAUGGGUGGUCUAAAAAAGCAGAUUUUUAAAAAUAUGAUUGAUGAUAAUCUUAAAAAUUCCUGUAUAAUUAGAAUUAAGUUGGCAGAGGAGUAGGGGGACUCUAAUUUGUCACAUGCCUUGAAUACAGCUACAUAGUUAUCAAAUCAUUCUGAAUACCUGAGAAAUCAAUCAGAGAUAUGACCUACAUGUAGAAGAACAACCACCUUUUGGAAGCUAGGAGGUAUGGAGACUUGAACCUGGGGUGAUAUAACUGAGGAUAUGGCAGAGGGGAGGGAACCUGCUUAAGGAGGCAAAGUAUUAUAAGCAGAGGAUUGCAAAAUCAGAAUGUUUAAAAGUCCACUACAAUGAGGGAUGUCCCUGGCUUAAAGGUGCUCGGGUGGUGAAUCAGGGCAGAAUCAUAGGUAUGACAGUGUGGUCUCAGGAUUCCCAGAGUUAUAAGAAGAAUGGGGGAUUUGCCUGAGUGGAGCAGAGUUCCCAGGCAUCAGAGUGGGGAAGCUGUGCCAGCUUUCUGCUCUAUGUUGACACAAACUGCAAACUGCUUCAUGGUUGUGCCAUCGCUUUUCUGCAAGGGGCCUAGCAAAAAGCAGAAGUGUGGUGAGAUCCACUCUCUCCCCCAGGAGGAAUAGAAUGGGUUCUAGGCACAGUAGUCCAUAAAAUUUGGAGUUUUGAAACUCAGUCGUGCACCUGAGAUAAAAAUAUUUGGUCACAGCCUGGAUGAACAGAGCUCUGAUGGAAACCAGGGAGACAAGAGUGACUGCUUUUCUGUGAGGGUUGACUGAAGAGUAGAAGGUGUGAACUUUCAGCUCUGGGGAUAGAGAGUGGGGCACUGCCAUAUCCAUCCCACAGAUCAACGUUGAAAGACUUCAGGGAGCAAACAAGCUCUACAUAUUGGAAUCCAGAGCCACUUACACUAAACAUGGCCUCUGCACAAGGGAGAUGCAUAUGCAGCAGGACAAGUCCACUUGAGAAUCAGUGCAACAGGCCCCUCCCCAAGAAGGCCUGCACAAACAACUGGCUCGCACCAAGUUUGCUGAUCAUAGAAGGCCGCAAAGCUUCAGCUCUU